AGGGCGAUUUGGGCUCCGAUCCGGCGUCAGAGGAUUGUUUGCAACCGGACUUGGGAACUUCUGUCAGUCAAACCAUCUCUGGUUAAUGGCAUCGCUGCAGAAAGAGGGAGAAAAGCAUUAUCAAGGCUGAAACCAGGGGAUUUGUAGGAAAUCCCACGGCAAGUCUUUGGAAAAUCAAAGAAAACCUAAAAAGCUAAAAGUAGCUGAAAGAUAGAAUGCGUGUGGCUGCUGGUGGUGCUCCAGCAGUGGGAUCAGAGCCCCGGAACCAGAGAUGCUAUUAUCAAAGCUUAAAUUCCUUCCACGAGGAAGUGGCCAUGAGAGCCCUCCAGCGCCCGGAGACACGCUCACUAUUCCUGACCGGGGCCAAAGUGUUUCAUAACCCAGAGAACAAAGCAGCACGUGGGGCAGCGUCACAGCCAGGACAGGCAGUGCCAGACCCGUUUCAGGGGCCGGGGCACUGCAGGGUCAGAGUUUCCCCUUGGAAACAGACAGCGUUUCUGAGGCUAAAACACUGUCAGUAAAUGAUUUUCCUACUCGGUACCCCGGGCAGCCCAGUGGGUGUGCAGCUCCAUCUGGGCGCAGGCAAUGCACCCAUCCCUCUGCAUCCUUUAAUGCUAAGCAGAAUGAGCUCUGUGCUUGGCUUUCCCUCUGCUGAUUAGCCUGUGUGAUCCCUCUGGUCCUAAUGCAUUAGGUUAUAUAUAACCUCCUGUGGAUUACUCCAAGCAGUGUCUCCCCCUCCACUCAACUGUGAUAAAAUUCCUUUGUCUUUCUGGCUUUUAAGCAAUUUUUUUGCAGCACAAGAUGCUUUCCUGACAGCAGGGACUAUCUCACCCCUUUCCCUUGACACUGAUUUAUUCCCUCUGCAACAUCUUUCCCAUCAGCCCAUCACUUGUUGCAGUUUCAGUGCCUGUUGCCCCAGACAGAGCAGUGACAGUGAGCUCAGACUCCACGCUUUUUGUACUUAAGCAAAAAGAACAGAUGAUCUCCUCUCAGAUUAAUACCUCAAAGGAGAGGCAGCCCCUGACAUCACCCGGUGUGCAUGCAGUGAUUCAUCUGAAUAAGGUCUGCGUGGCAUCCUCGCUCCUGGCGGAGACGUCAGAAAGCAACAAGAGAUCAUCAGAUCACGAGCAGCAGGAAAAGCAGUGCCGUGGUGGGAUGGAGCUGAGGAAAGUGUGAGUAUGUGACCCUGAAUUUCUACACGGAGCAGAUCUGGAGUGCCUCGAGAGCAGGGAGCUGCUUGUGGGAUGGGAUGUAGGACAAAGGGAUGGAGGGCAGCAGUGUGGUGGAUGCAGCAUUCAUAUUUCUUUUUUUUUGCAGAGGAACUGGAGCUUUUUGGUCAAUAAACCCACAGAGAGAUGUGGUGUUUGCAUAGAGUCUGUGUCCAUGGUGAGGGAUGGGACAGUGGGGCAAGCACCAGGAAUACUUCGGGGUGAAGCAUCACUGCAUUGGGGGUGGAUGUUUUUGUGUCCCCUGAUGCCAUUGGGGUGCAGGAGGAAGGAAGGUGGAGGCAGGAUGAGGAAGGUGUCCCUAUCUCCCAGUCUCCCCAUCUCCAGAUGUUCCUGUCUCCAGAUAUCCCCAUCUCCAGGCAUCUUCAGCUCCUAGCAUCCCCACCUCCCAGUGUCCCUGUCUCCAGGUGUCUCCAGCUCCUGCUGUUCCCCUUUCCAGACGUCCCCCUCUCCAGAUAUCCCCAUCUCCAGGCGUACACAUCACCCGUUGUCCCCAUCCCAGCGUCCCCAUCUCCAGAUGUCCCCACCUCCCGGUGUCCCCACUUCUGGUGCCGCGAUCCCCAGCCCCUCUCUUCACUUUCACUCUCGCAUUUCCCUCUACUCACUUCCGGACCGGGACACGGCGAUACCCGGUAACGGGGCGAGGCGAUGCGAUGCCUGGGGCGGUGCCGGUGCCAGAGGCGGAGGCUACGGGGCGAGGCGGAGCCGUCGUUCAGCGCAUUCGGUGCCCCCCAUGGGAGACAACGGAUGCCCAUGGCUCUGGGGCCGGACUUGCUGCUGGUCGCCGGUUCUUUCGCCGCUUUCCGCUUGUUGAACCGCGGGGUGGAGCGGCUGAUGCCCCCGCCGCCCUCGGCUCGGCGGAACCGCUGGAAGUGGCGGAACAUCUGGACGUCGCUGGCACACAGCGUGCUGAGCGGCGGCGGGGCGCUGGCGGGGUGAGCAGUCGGGAUCUGACAGCGAGGGACCGCGAUGGGAACGUAGGGCCGAGGGGACAACGAGGGAGGCUGUUCUGUCUCUACCCUGGGCUGCACGAGGAUCUGGUGGGCACACAUCCACCCGGGGCACACAGCCUGGUGGCCGUGUCUGUAGGUUAUUUCCUAGAAGACUUCGUGGACAUGCUAUGCAAUCAGAAACUCCACCAGUCCUGGGAGCUGCUCUUCCAUCACUCCGUGGUGAUUGUCUGCUUUGGCAUUGCAGUGCUGCUCCAUCAGUACGUGGGUUUUGCCCUCGUGGCCUUACUGGUGGAGAUUAACUCCAUCUUCCUCCACCUACGCCAAAUCCUGCUCAUGGCCGACCUGGUGCACACCGCCUGCUACCGCCUCAACAGCAUCAUCAACCUGGGCACCUAUGUGGUGUUCCGCAUUGCCACGCUGGCCUGGAUGACACAUUGGCUGUUCCUCAACCGGCAGCACGUGCCCCUGGCCACAUACACCGUGGGCACAGUUGGCAUGGCAAUCAUGACCCCCAUGAACAUCAUCCUCUUCUAUCGCCUGCUACGUAGUGAUUUCUUCAAGUCCAGCCGGGACACGCGCAGGGAGAAGGAGAAAUAGCAUGGAGCAGCUAUGAGCUCAUGGAGGAGGACAGCAAAGAGCUGGUGGGGAAUAAGAAUGGCUAUUUCAGUGUUGCUUGGACUUAAGGUUGUGGAUCCUGGGCAGAGAAGGUGCUGGUGGACCAGGCACUGGGGCUCUGCUCUCCAGCACCUUUGGAUGAUGUGGUCGAACAACCAGGAGCUGCUCAGAGAAGCUCUGAAGGCUCUAACAGCCCUGAGACACCAGUGAGAAGGGAGCAGGGAGAAGAGCAUUGUUUCCCCAUUGCUUUUCUGGAUAUGCAAACACCACUGUGAGUUUCUAACCUCUUAGGUGCUGCACCCUGCAGGGUCCUAUUGCCUAAGGCACUCUGUGCUACCUCCAGCACUUCCCAUAGGAAAGCACCAGGCAAGAGAAGCUCCAAGGCUUUGCCCUUGAGGCCAGGGCUGGUAAAAGCCAAAUCCUGCACCCAUCCCUGAUGAGAUUGUGCCAGGUGAGAGAUGAAGGCUUGGACUUGUCCUUGUCAGAUGCUGCUGGCACUGGACUAGGGACAGUGGGAGCCAUAAUGCCAUACUUGGGGACUGCUGCUAACUUCAGGCAACUGGAGAUAUUCUAGUGUUGUUUUCUUCCCAGAUCUAUUAAGUCCCCAUAAAUGAGUGUGGGAAUGCGUGAGCUGCAGACCAGGAUGGUGUGUGAUAGUUUUUUCCCGUGGAUGAGAUGUUUUCAGAUGGGCCAGAUAUGGGCAUCUAUGAGGAACCAGAAGUCCUGCUGCAGAGCCUGGUGUAAUGCUCUCAAGCAGCAGCAAGAGCUCUUACUAACACAGGCUUUCAAUAAAUAGCAAAUGAAAGAGCUCAAGUGGA